AUGGAAAUCCUUGCUAUUGAAACGAUAAAAUUUGUAAUUUCCAGUGUCCACAUCCGUCUUCAUAUGCCGGAGGUGGUCCGCCAGCAUACGCAUUUCCACAAUGUCUACAAGUUGCCAAGGAAAAUCCAUCCAGUUCCUGCACCACCACCCACAACGAUCGCAACAUUGCCACCGAUGGGAAAACCUCAUGUACAACUUUUGGGCUAUACAACGUCAGUGGGAAAUUCGGGACCAAUGUCCCCUAAUAUAAUGCAGCUAAUGGGAACAGCAGCCGCACCCACUCUAAUGCCAACGCCUACGAACAUGAUAAUGCCCAACUAUGGCCCAGCCUUAUUCGAUAAUUACAACCAAGAAUCAGUUUUAAGUGCCACAACCACCACAACGACAAUGAGACCUCCGAUUUUGAAAGCCUCCAAGCAGCAGCAACAACAAUUGUUGCAACAAAUUUUCACACCCCAACAGCCCGAAGAUGAGGAUAACUCUGCGGAGGAUAAUCAGUUGGAAAGUAACUCUCUGCUUAAUAGCAACUUCCUUGAGGCUCUGCAAAGGGAAUAUCUUUCCAAGUUCGGUGGGCGAAGGAAACGCAAGAAAACCAAUUUAAAAUUGAGAAAUCCAAACAAGGAAUAUACAAAUUACUACCGGAGUAAACCUCAUUACUAUCAGGAUGAGGAUUUAUCAGAGAACUUUGAGGACUAUCAGGAUGAACAGCCACAGCAUGAGGAUUACGAGGAAGUGAUGGUCAUGAGUAGCCCCCAUAAAUAUGGAGGUUAUUACCCAACAGGAUCAGAGGAAAUGGAUCAGGAUCAUGCCCAUGGUUAUGACAGUGCUGUGGCUUUUAGUGGACAGGAUAAUAGCAUUUCAUCUUCCAUACCAACAAUGGAGGACUUUCUUGAGGAUGCUAAUAAUCCAGUUUCUGGUUUCAGUGGUGGCGGUGGUGGUGGUAACUUUGAUCCCUAUGGCAGCUCUAAUGACAUGUAUUCCCAACCCUGGCAACCCUCCUCAACAAGCUCUACAAUGGCUAACAGUUGGUCAAGACCCACUACCAAUUCGUAUGCUAGUUCAUCAUCAAAAGCACCAAAAUCCAGACCUGUUAGAUCUAGGGGACGAACUAAGGUACGUUAUGUCAAGUUAAUCACACGAAAGAAACGCAAAAAUCAUAUUCGUACCAAGAGAUAUCGACCAUAGGGUUAUAUUUUAUAUUUUCUAAGGGUUUCCAGUUACUUUUCUGUAGUUUAUGUUAAAUAAAAUGUUAAUUAUUUAUAAAGUAAACCAAAUUUGAGGAAGUAAAACCCUUAAAAAAUUGUUGAUUUAAUACAAAUAUUAUAAGAUUUUAUGAUAAAGGAAGUCAUCUUAAGAUAAAAAUCAAAUUUAUUCAAACUUAUGUAAGUCUUACCCCUUAUAAAUAUUCUUAAAUAUCUUCAA